GCCCCUUGGCCUUAAUUCUGUCCCCGGGCCUUGGCCUUAACCCUGCUCCCGGCCCCCUAAAAGGCUGGUUCUCCCUUUCUAAGUCUCGCUACACCAUGGUACCAAUGCUGUCAGCCCCCUUCAAUAUGGCUCCUCUAUGACUCCCCUCUUCAGUGUCUGCACUAGUGAGCCCGAGUCCGGUCAGCCCCAGUUCCAGGUGAUUUACACUAAACCCGAGGCCCUGAAGGACUCCAGACCCCAGGAGGCCCAUGUCGUGAUGGACUGUGAGGAGGCCUUGUUUCCCCCAGUGCCUCACGAGCAGCCGCAGCACGAGGUCUCUCCUCUGCUGCCCAGCCCACCGCCUUACACAGAGCCAACUCCUCAGCAGGAUCCCCUGAACUGGUUUGGCAUCUUGGUGCUCCGCAGUCUGCGGCAGGCCCAGGGAACCUUCCAGAAAGGUGAGCCACCCUUAGGGUGCUCCCAAACUUAAGGGAUUGCCCAUUUGUUAGAAACCCAACGGGCCUUUGCCCGGGCCACUUACCUCCCUCCAAGGUAGGGUGAGAGCAAAUCAUAGAAUUUCCCAUUUGCUCCCCAAAGAUUUCUUUGCUCGGUUUUAUUUCCAGGGAGGAUGUGUUGGGGGCAGGUAUCAGGAAAUGCUGCUUGCCUGUAACCCAUCUUUCUUUCUUUUUCCCCGCCCCCCUGUUCUGUACUGUCCAACUCUGCUGAUGGUUGAGGAGAUUACUGAGCUUCAGAACCAAAUCAAGUGGAAAAGAGGCCGGAUUCAAACCCUACGACAGGAGAAGCAGAAACUCCUCCAUCAGUUGAAGAUGGCUUGAAGACAUCAAAAUCUGGGUGCAAAUAAAUGAUCAGUCUCAAGUUUCACGACCACCCGAUCGUGUUUCUAACCUUUUGCCUUCAAGUCCUUUCUAUACCUUGGCUUUUUAGACCCCUGCAGCUUCAGGGCCCCCCUGCACCCGGAUCUGUCUCCCCCUCUGGAUUUGAUUCUCCUGGCUUCUGGCCCAGACAAAUCAUUUUCUGCUUCCUCUUUUCCGGAGUUUAUCCGAUCAGCUGAGAUCCUCUAACAUUUCACCGUGGGCUGACUGGGAAUUGCAGCCUUCCGUGUCUUAUUGUAAUGCCCUAAGAAACUGAAGCAAGACAGAGAUUGGUUUUUAAUCUUUUAAUGUGGAGAGUCUAAUAAACUAGCUGACCGAUGGGACUGGGUCCAAAUCAUUCGGUCUAGAGUGACUGAGGCACAGUGUUUAUAUAGGAUUGUAACUAGGAAAGAAAGCAGGUGAUACAGAAGCAAGAAGAAUGCAAUUAGGUCAUCAGGCCCCCAUUAUACCAAAAAUUAUAUUUCUUACAGCCUAAAGCAAUCCUAAAAUGAUUUCAUAAACAUAAAUUUAUAUAAAUGAAACAUAAUUUUUAUUAAAUAAAGCAUGUACACAAUGA